CCACGGUCUUCGGGGUUGAAGGAUGCGGCGCGGCGUCGAGCUUGCGAAUAUCAGAGCUCGAGUACUGAGCGAAUGCCGGGUUGGCCCGCGAGCCACGAAAGAACCUUUCGAAACGUUCCGAGGCGUCGGGACGCCGGGCGUACAAUAAUAAAACGCGUGUGUACACUAGGUGGCUGAUUGUGCUCGUCUGUGCUCGCUGUGAGCUUCGAAAAGAGGAGGGCCGUAUUGAUUUUGAGGAAACGGCCGUAAGCGAGCCGCGAGAACCUGGCUCUCCACGCAACUACAUACGAAAUCCUGGUCUCCCGACGACGUUCUCCGAAGAUCUUUCUUUUUUAAUCCAAAGACCCUCCUCCGGGUCGCUACGAUUACUUUCAUUGUUGUUUCUGCAGUCGUGAGUGCCUCCAAUAAUUUUAGACUCUGUCAGAUUUGGCCAGAGAGAGAGUUGCGAGCCUACCAAACCUUUGAUGAUGACAGGCGGCAGAUUCAAAAAACAGAAUGAGGGAAACUUUUAGACUAAAGCCAAGCAGGGACCAACUGGCCCUUCGCGCAAGAGAUGAUUUUUAGAAGGAAGAGGGCAUGACGCACCGGACUCAUGCAGUGGCGAAAACACGUGCGCAUCAAGUACGGUGGUCGAGUCGGUGUCGGUCAAGGACAGCGAGAACGGGAACAGGUGCAGCUGCAGGUGCGCGUGGUGCAGCUGCAGGGGGAAGGGCCCCCUCGACUCAGUUACGUCUGUCAUCAGCCUCUCGAAGACUCGUCAGCGUCUCGUCGCAGCUGCAGCGCAGCAGCCAUGCUCUGCUGCGGCCGCAGAAAAGAAGGCCGGGGGGAAGUGACAGACAUAAGCGCAAGUCCUGGGAGGCAGGCACCUGCCAACCAGUUGCGCCCCAAAGAACCACCCCCCAUGGUCAUUCAAGGAGAUUUCAGGAAGGUGAGUGGCAUCAGCACCGAGAUCUUCAAGCAAAUAGAGACCGUGGAAAAUGACCAUGACGCGUCAACGGCCGCUGCGCUCGAAGCUGUCGAGCGAAGGGGCGAAAUGGUGGUUCGUGUCAUCGAACCACGUCAGAUGGGCAGGCAGGUCUCGGAGGCUGCGAAAAAGUUCAUCUCUAUGCAGAUGGCUAAUGGUAUCCAUGCCAUUCUCCAGGACCCCAAACAUCCUGUUCAUCUGGUAGAGAUCAUCAAGAGGCCAGGUCAGACUUUAGGCCUCUACAUUCGGGAGGGUAACGGCAUAGACAGGAACGACGGCGUCUUCAUAUCUAGGAUAGCUCUGGAGUCUGCUGUCUACAAUAGCGGGUGUCUCAAGGUCGGCGAUGAGAUCCUUGCUGUAAAUUUGGUAGACGUGACACACAUGAGUCUCGAUGACGUCGUUAUCAUAAUGUCGAUACCCAGGAGGCUGGUCCUGGCUACCAGACACGGUCCUCAUCAGCCGGUGUCGCACAGCCGUCAAAAUGAGCACAAGGCGCCUCCGGUUGUGGUAAUUAAAAGGGAGCUCAAUGAGGACGAGAACGAUCACACCACUAGUAAUCAUAUAAGGGACGGCAGCCGUAGAAGAGGCGACGGUCGAGAAAUGUUACCUUCUCGCUCGAGACUCGGUCUAACCGGAUUGGGAUCUAGUCAGGAUCUAGGAUCGAGCAAUGGGGAUCUGUAUUAUAAUUCCAGACCGGAAGGACAUUGGUCUUAUCAGCCACCACCGCCACCAGUUAUCACGCACCAACCUAAACCUUCGACCACUCAGCACUUUCAGCCUUACGAGCGUGGAUAUCCAAAGACUUUGGAGAGUCUUGCUGAGAAAGAUUUCACGAAGGUACACUCAUUUUACACGGGACCGGUGAUGCCUUCCAAUGGCGCACGUCGCAUGUCUACUGGUGGAGGGAUGCAGUCGGUCGGCGGAAGAUUGUCAGGACAGAAUCAAUCGUCGCAUUAUGGGUACACACAGCACAGUAGUAGCGGAAGGAUAAUGCCUAGGAGUGGAUCGGAUCAGCAUUUGCCUAGGGUCGAUUACACCAGUAUUACGACACCAGCGCGUCAUACGUUGCUCAGAUCCAGCUUGAAGUCAGGGUCUUCCGCUUUACGGUAUAAUUCUCGUUACGGAGUACAGAGCGAUGCUACAUCCAGCUCGCAGAGACAAGGUCAAUUCGGCACGUUGACUAGGAGACAUCGGCCUUCCCUGGACUAUGCUUCGGAUACCGAAGCUACUUGUUCCAGUUCGCCACGAUCGGCUUAUUAUUAUUACAGACAUAAUAUGAAUAAUCCUUCGCAGAGUAGUGCCGUCUCCCACCUGGCUACUUUGUCCAGGUCGCAGAUUGGGCAGAGUUCCUCAGGAUUACGAUCAAACUCUCUACCUAGAAGUGGCAGAACAUUGCCACAGCAACCAGGAAUUCGUUCAGGACUCAGCACAGUGACGUCUGGUCUGAUCGAUCAGGAGGACAGCGACGGGGCCUUGUCAGCUCCUGAACUUCCUUCCAUCAGACGGGAUAGAGGCAGGAUACCGUCAUCCCCUAGUGUCUUUACGUCUGAUGAGUACAGAGCAUGGCUGAGCAGGACCCCAAGUACAAGCGCUUUGUACGAGCAGAUUAGAGCAACUACGAAUCGACCACCUCGUUACACGUAUAGUGCGGAGAAUAUUCAUGCUGCUGCCAAUCAGGCUGAGUAUGGAAGCUAUGGCUCUUACAGACCACUCUCUAGCACCCUGGACAGACUCUCGACGAGGUCGGCCUCGGCGCAGCAGGUCAACCUUGCUAAUCUACGAGCCUCUACGGCAAUCAGUUCAUCCUGUCAUAGAACUGCUAGUAAUCCUAGACCUGCGUCUGUAGCCUCCAACGCGCGUUCCUCGUUGGCCAGUCAGAAAGCUUCCUUGAGCAGUUCAGCCAGUCAAAGAGCUACGUCUGUCAGGAGGAUUCGAAAUUUAUUGGAUUUGGAAUCGACCAGGAAUAUACCAACUCCUACGCCUACCAGAACUCAGGAUCAAAGACUGCUAGAUAUUAAUCCUGCAGAGUUCCUCAAAUAUAAAAUAGAGAAACCACCAACCGUGGGCACCCCGAGUUCUACCAGCUCUCUGUUAAGCUCUUUAGGUGACACUGGUGGUGGUGACCUGGCAGGUGGUGUCAGUGGAUUGUUAUGGGUGCACUUACUGGCAGGUCGUGGUCUCAGAUCAACGACAUCAUCCUCAGCAGCUACGACACCCUCGACGCCAUCCGGUCAGCCUAAUUUAGGUACCUGCGGCCUGAGAGAUCUUUACUGCGUUCUCGAAUGCGACAGAGUUCACAAGGCUCGUACUGUCGUACGCACUGGGGACUUGAUGUUCGACUGGGACGAGACCUUUGAACUUGAUCUGGUUGGCAAUAGGCAAUUGGACUUGCUCGUCUAUUCCUGGGAUCCUCAGCACAGGCAUAAGCUCUGCUAUAAAGGAUCAGUUCAUUUAGCUACUCUCCUCAAGGAGUCACCGCUGCAUCAACUCGCACUCAAAGUAGAACCACGUGGCACUAUUUAUCUUAGACUACGAUACACGGACGCACACCAGACCUUCAAGCGACGAGGUCUACCAGUUAUUUCUCUGGCUACAAGGGUGGCACCUCUCUUUGGGGUUGACCUUGACACCGUGGUAAGUCGAGAGAGUAAAACUGGGGGAGUACCUGGAGGAGUUUCCACGGCACUUGCGAUGGGUGGGGCUCAGAAUGUUCCUAUCAUCGUUUGGAGAUGCGUCGAGGAGGUAGAAAGAAGAGGACUCGAUAUAAUUGGUUUGUACAGGCUGUGUGGCUCCGCGACCAAAAAGAGGAUAUUGAGAGAGGCAUUUGAACGUAAUGCUAGAUCAGUGGACUUAUCACCAGAUAAUGUUCCUGACAUCAACGUUAUCACUGGAGUGCUUAAGGAUUACCUAAGAGAAUUACCGGAACCCCUGUUCACGAAGUGCCUCUACCAGAUGAUGGUCGAUGCACUUGCAGUUUGUUUACCGGACGAUCCACAGGGCAAUGCUAAAUUAAUGUUCAGUAUACUGGACUGCCUACCAAAAGUGAACAGGUGUACCCUGAUCUACCUUCUGGAUCAUCUAGCAAUGGUGGUAUCCCAAUGCAACAAGAUGUCACCAGCAAGUCUAGCAGUGUGCUUCGGUCCAGUUCUGAUGUUACACUCCGAAGACAACGGUCCACCCUUGGACUUCCAACAGCCUAUAGCAGUAUUGAAAUACCUUCUAGAGAUUUGGCCAGUAAAGUCAGUUCGGAAGAUUUCUUCAGUCGGUUCAACGCUUCCUCGAGUUACGCAACCAGCAGGUCACAACACCAGUCAAGCGGGACAACAGGGACCGGGAACCUUGGGACGCACAGGGCUGCCCUGGCAGCAGCAACCCUCGCUUCAUCAUCCUCCCCAAGCUACAACCCCAGGAGUCCUCGGAACUACCACACGACCUCCACCGCCGGUCAAGCCGCGGCAGGUGAUAGUCUCGUCACCCGGUUCACCUAGCAGCGAGGAGUCAGCUUCCCCGGAGCCAGUUAACAAGGACCUCGGCGGCUUGGGAUUCAGUAAUGGCGAGGCCGUCGAGCAGAUAACACCUACGAGCAGCGUCGAUACCGAAGAAGGUAAUUCGGCCCAUCCGGAGGAGGGUGAACGCGGAGUAGAAGGCGACGCCGAGGCGAGUGACGAUGAUAUCGCCAAGACACGUUAACCAUCCCUAUGACGGAUAUACAUUGGGAAACCGGAUGUCGUCUCUAUACCAUCUUGGAUUUACGAUAACGGCGUGCCGCACAGUGAGUACCGUAUGAGACGGAGUACAGGCUUCGCUCCAUAAAGGAAAGCACGUGGCGGCUCUUGAAAAAUUCGUGACGUCCCGACGCCAUCACAGGAUACAGUCAAUCUUAAGAAUAAACGUUUUACGAGAAGCACAAGAUGAGAGAAAAAAAAAGAAAAUCUCCGUCAACAGAGCUAUCCUGACGUUUCCGCAGGACGGAAGUGAGAGGACGUGGCUUGUUUACUUAAAUUUUCAUUAAUUUUCAUUCGAACGAUUGUGCGUCAUAAAUUUUUACCAACUUAUAUUGCCAAUACACAGCAAGUAUCAGAUCGCGACUUGAAUCCUCGUGAUUUUCUAACUCAUUGUCUCACGGCGAUUAACACCACAGAAUUCCACUUCCUGUUGUACGACACAGAGACGUCAACAAAGUCAUGUAUUAUUUUGCGAUACGAAGAUACGUUCGUUCAGGAUCAUUGAGUCUCUACGGUGCAGGCAGUGAAGUCACUCAAAAGAAAAAACAGUCGGUCGGUAGAUCGUGCGAUUUUUUCCGGUUAAAUUUAUGACAGUGCAAAAAAAAGACAAUUGCAGGAAGCAAAGUACUAUAACGAGAAACAAUAAUACAUUUUUUUUAUCCUCAUAAACGACUAAGGUAAUUUCGUCGUGACGUCUUUUAUCAUGCGGUCUCUACUUUCUAACGGUUUUUACAGUUUAUAAAAAUUAUAACAGUAUGCACGAGAAACAUUAUACUGUCGAAGCUAUUCUUCGUAACCUAUAGAAAAUCACUGUCGGGCUUAUGAGGGAAGGCGGGCUCGGAAGGAUUAUUAAUUGUUCAACCUGAAGGUCGAAUUCGAAAGAAACAACUUUCCCUUCUCUUCCGAUACAACUAUACAUAACUACACGACCAAAUGCAAGGGAGGCGGAAAGAAAGAGGGGGGGUUCGUGUUUUGCAAAAAUUCAAACCAUCAUCAUUUUUUUUUUAAUCAAUGCUACUCCGUAACCAACUUUAAUUUUUUUUUUUCUUCUUCAAUUAAAUCUUCACAAUACAAGACAUUCUUUCAGGACGGAACACACACUGUUCGAGCCCGGACAAGAAUGUAACGGAGCUUUUGACACACAGCCAGGUUUACACACAUAUGGACACACAAUAAGCAGAAUGACAGAAAAAUGAAACCAUGAUGAUAUACACAAUGGUCGGUUUAUAUACAAUAUACUAUAUGUAGAAUAGAAAGGAUAUACAUGUGCUUUUGAUAAAGACUAUUACGUAUAGCGUUAGCUAGCCCUCAUACGCAACUACUAACAGUACAUGCAAGUUCACGGGACUACGAUUACUAUUAUUAUUAUUAUCAUUAUUAUAUAUAUAUACAUAUAUAUACGUAUACGCAAUCGCAUGGCGGGAUCGUAUAUCGCGUCACGCGGAUGUGUGAACGCGUAGUCGCGUUUUACCAAUGAAAUUAUACGAAAUCCACGAUAUAAUUGUAUAUGUGACAAUAGGAAGAAAAAAUCGCGACGAUUAUAACAUAUGGGUUUGGGUGUACGUAGAGGUAGAAAUGUUGUUUUGAUCAGCGCAGAUGCGGGGUGGAGUGUCGUCGAGGAAGAUGAAAAUUUCAAACUCACCGAAAUGAUAAUAAUUACGAGUUACGUGACGAAAGCGUGAAGGAGGAGGACGGGGGGGGGGUGGUUGGUGAAAAGUCAAAAGAAAACGCUAACUUUUAAUCGGUAAUAGCCAGUAUUAUUAUAAAUAUCUAAAGUUAAAGGAAGAAUGAAAAAAAAAAAGAAAUGAAAACCGUAAACUAUUAACUAAAACUGAACAUAAAGCCGUGCGCGUAAUCCGUCGUCGGAGCGAUCGUCUACCGGUUAUAUGUACUUAUCAGCUGACGAUGAUUACAGAUAUACUCCGUUUGUAUAAAUAAUUUUAAAAAAUGACACACUACUUUCGCACAGUUAGAAUUUAUCGUCAGGACGAGUGUUUAAUGUGAAAAAGAAAAAAAGUGGUGAAACGUAGAUCAAUAUAUUGUAUAGUGAGUGUAUUGUACAAUACAUUAUUAUUAUUAUUAUUCCCGUUGUAAUUGUCUCUCGAUAAGUACGCGGUGAAGAAUGUCGAGUAUCGUAUUUGCGUGGUACUUAUUGUUAGUUUAAUUGAAAUUUCAAAUUUUGUCCAUUUUUCGCGCCCUUUUACGCAUCUCUCACGUAAUCGAAUUUCUCGAGUCGAAUUUCUCCGUCGCAACUUUCGCGCUCUCGUUGUUUCCGUUGUAGCGAGACUCGCGAAUUUCCGCAGGCCGCUCUGCGGUCGAUUGAUUUUGAUGAAUAAAAGUGUAGAAAAAAGAGAAAAAAAGAUUUCGUAAAUACGAACGACGCGUAAAUUCGUCGUUAACUUUUUUACGGUGAAAAAUUGCGGUACCAGGUAACGCUCAAAGCCGUGAAUAGAUUUUUCAUGGAGUUUUGUUAUUGUUUCUUACUGUAAUACUGUAUGGUAUAAUAUAUGUAUAGUACUGUGUAUAAUAUAGUAUAGUGUAAUCACGGUAUACGACACUCCUCGCCGCUAAUUAUAGUCUAAAAUAAUUACGCCAGAGAGUAAUUAAUUAUACAAGAGAACAAGCACACUGCCGCAAUUUUAUAAAUUGAACUGUUAUUACCUAUUAAUCAAGACUUGAAACGGAACGAUAUACAUGGAUAUGCCGUUCUUAGGGGAAAAAAGAGGAUGGUACACCCAAAGCGUUAUGCGUAUAGACAAUAUAUACCGUACGAGAAACAUUAAGGUUAAUUUUGAUGAAACAUUUUUUUCCGUCAAAAUUCAAUCGGCGUAUCUCUUUGUAUCCUCCGUAUCCGUACACUUACUACUUACGAACGUGUCGUAUCGAUUAGAACGUACGAUACGACAGCGUCUGCGAAACAUUGAUAACGAUCAAGUUUUAACGUGGCUCGAAUGAUUUUCGAAUUUAUGUGUAUAAUAUUUAUUUGUCUUAUUAGUAUUUUUUUCCACAUCCGGUUGUCCACUCAAUGACACUUUGCUACAGUAGUCAGAGAUGAAAAUUGAUCAGACAACUUCUGACUUCGUUCGGGCUACUUGUAACUUUAUCGAGGAAUCUUCUGAUGAGCGCACACUUUCGAUUCGUUAUUCUGUACAAACCGAAUUGAACUUUCCUAUACGCAACCCCGGCAGGAGACAAAGGAAAAGGGUUGAUUGAUUGUGCAAAAAUGCGAAGAGUGAAUAUUAAUGAGAGAGAGAGAGAGAGAGAGAGAGAGAGAGAGAGAAAGUGGUAUCCUGGCGCAAUAACGGCAUACAUACAUAUGGAGCAGUGUUAUAUGUUAAAAAAAAACUGUCAUGCAUAGCGGAUACAUGCAUACACUGUAUGUCACAACGAAACCGAAAAGCGCUAUAAAGUCACGUACAAGUAUAAUGAAGUGAGAGGAGUAAAAAUAGGAAGAGGGAAGAGAAAAAAAAAAUCAUUAGAUUUAUAAUCGACAAGGUGGGACAAUUUGAGGGGGAUUUAACGAAAAGAUAAGAAAACAAUGGAACAAUCGUUGGAACGAAUGUACGGAGAAUAAGGAGCAGCUGGAUCGAUGAGGGUGGGCGAAAUAUACAAAUGUAAGUUUUUAUAUGUAAGAGACGUUUGCAUUACCUGAUUCUAUUUGCAAUCGCAGCGAUUAUCAAUGAGGUUUUAUUGCAUUUUUUUUUCUCGAUGUCUACAGAGCGUACGGUUAACGGAUAAUGACGGCGCGAGCGAUAUCUUUGAUGUGAUUCUUUUUCACGAUGAUUAGCGAUACGAUAAAAAUGUUGUUUUUUUUUUCCGUAAGAAAGUUGUGAUUUGCAAAUUUCGGAAAUUCACGUGUCAAAUCAAUCGACACGUGUUUCACAUGAAUGAGUCUUGCGACCGUCGCAGUUAUUCCGAACAACCAUUGAGGAGAUAUUGGUAAAGAGGGUUUCAACCCUUGUGUAUUUUAUGUGUGAAACUGACUGUAUGGGAUUUCAAGCCCUUUAAGAACUUCUAUGCUGGCUCCGGCAUAUCUCUAGUGUGUACUGGCCUUUAGGCACGAAGUUCCAUAAGGCUUGGUCCUCCUUACUAGUAUCUGCUUGGUGCAACCACUAAACGUAAACACAAUGGACCACGUUUGAGAUACUGAAAUCUUUGUUAAAAAAGAAAAUUACAAAAAAAAAAGAUGAACUUUUUAUCACCUCUAAGUUAGAUAACGCCAAUUCGUAAAUUUUUAUGGAAAAAUUACAAAUGGGAUUUAUGGAGAAUUGAAAAGGACGUUAAGGGACUUAAGGACUAUAAAAGGGAAAAUAACGUAACGUAAGCGAUCGCAGUCGCGAAAGUUAGGAGGUAAUGAAUUUAAACAGAAAAAAAAAUGGCGAGCGCUUUCUCAGGUUUUUUCACAUGGUUAUACAAAUUAUCGAUGUACCCCGUUCGUUUCGCCAACCCCUCGUAGACUCGUCGUACACGCAGAAACCACACACGAUUCAUCCCAUUAACUUGUACACACGACAUAUACAUGUAACAUAAUCGCAGUAUGAAUUUACGCAAAAGAUCUUGACCAUUCGCGAAUUAGCAAUAAAUAAUUAAACGAAGUGAAAAAACGAAUAUUGAAAAAAAAAUUAUGUCGAUGUCCUAGGGGCAUUUUCAAUAAUAAUAAAAAAUAACAGAAAAUCCUCAAAAUUUGUUAGCAUGCACCGUGUAUCGAGUGUGUUCGAUUUUGCGUGUAACACGUUUUUCGGAUUUUCAUGUAAAGAUCGCCAAGCGUUUCUUUCGCAAUGGUACUUUGACUCGAUGGAGCAUAUACGCGAAAAAAAAAGGAAAUAAUAGUAAGAGAGAAUAGAAAAAAAAAACAAUAAGAGAAAUAUAUAGGAUAAAGACAAAGUGGAAAUAAAUGAAGGAACGAUCGAUCGUCGCGAGCUUACCCCAUCGGGAGAAAAAUUGUCAAUCAGUGGUGAUCGCCCCCUUUGAAUCCAUCGUCUGGGAGACAUGGAGGAAUUACCUGAAACAUUAAUAAAAAAGCAUAGGAAUGUCAAUUAACGUGUUGCUUAGUCGAUUUUUCAUUUAAUUCAGAAAAAAAUUUCGGCUUGCGACGUGUCUUCGAUUCUAUGAAAAAUAAAGAGAUAUAUGUAAAUAUAACGAGCAGCUCGUCGCCUCGAAGUAAUAAGAGUGACAUUAGGUAUGAAAACGAAUGAAACAAAGAAAAAUGUAAUACCCCUAGAUUAUUAUAAUUAUUAUUUUUCAAUCUUCAUUACUUCUCUUUUUUACUCUCGAAGUCAUCGUACAAUGUCGGACGAUCGAUCGUACCUCAGAACCACCUGUAAAUAUACAUAUGCAUAUAUAUAUAAUAUAUAUAUCGCCAUUGUCAUAGUGGAUUUAAUCGUAAUAAAUCGUGGCAUCGAACGUUGUAAAUAAAAAUCGCCGCCCCACCCCUCAUUGAACGUCAUCGAUGGUAAAUAAUAAUAAUAAUAACUCUAGCAGCGCCCAUUAAAAUAAAUACCAUAUAUAACAGUCAGUCAUGUAAACGGAGCGCAGCUUUUCACAUAUAUCUUCCCUGUUCUUAAAAAAAAAAAAAGCUCCAUACACAUAUCCAUGAGAGUCAUCCUAAGCAUGCGGUACACGUAUGAUUAGAUUAUAUCGUAGAUGAAAGAAAGAUAAACGAAAGAGCGUGCACGUCAAGUUGUAUAGCUACGUGGUAUCGUGUAUUUUCUCCUCUGAUUUUGUACAGCAGAUGAACUUCCGAGUAAAAGAAAAUAUAAUUAUGUGAA